UACGUUCACGGUAACUGCGAAUUCAGCAUGCCUCAUGUUUCCAUCGUACUCAGCCAUAUCUGUGCAGCAAAGUUAUUUGGUCAAGAAUCAAACUUGGCAGUCUAAGACUACAUACACUUAAGAGUGCAGCAAACUAUAUAAAGCCAACACUUCAGUUAUUAUAAGCAAUAAAUAUCACAAAAACCAGAAAGAGAAAUCAGUCUAGACUCCAGAAACAGAAACAGAUAUGGGUUUGAGUUCAGUGAGAUAUAUAUCCCUCCUGGUUCUUGUAAUGACAGCAGCUUUAAGGAUGGCUGAAGGCGAAGUCGAUGAGUGGCACGACAGUGUUGGAACAGAAAAGGUAACUCGAUUACAUUUCUAUAUGCAUACAUCAUCAACUAGCAAAGAUCCAAGUGUCGUAACAAUGGCUGAAGCACCAACAACAAAAAACUCACCUUCCUCUUUCGGUUUACUGGGAAUGACGGAUAACAUUUUAACAGAAGGACCGGAACCCACAUCUAAGUACUUGGGUCGUGCUCAGGGACUGUUAGCUGCGUCUUCUCGGGAGGAAUGGACUUUGGUAAUGGCUACUGGUUUUGUGUUCAAAGAAGGGAGUUUCAGUGGAAGUAGUCUUAGUGUUCUUGGUAGAAACACAUUUAUGGAUUCAAUUCGUGAGCUGCCUGUUGUUGGGGGAACCGGUUGGUUUCGAUUCGCUCGUGGGUUUGCUGCUGUGAAAACUUACUGGCAAAACACGACUACCCAUGAGUUGAUAGAAGAAUACCAUGUUACAGUCAUGCACUAUUAAGUACAUAAAUGGACAUCCCCGGCCAAGUUUUAAUUGUGUCAGUUAUGUACUAAUUGUAUUUUGCUUCUUUUCCUGGCCGGUCAGAUUGUAUAUGUUCUGAUCUAGUGUUUUUCUUUUUAAAUUUACGUCAAUGAGUGAGUAAUCCAGAUUUUGUGCAUUUCUUUUGUAUCCAGGAUCAAAAUUUGAAUAAAAAGGAUUGUUGCGUCA